AGCAGCACAAACUAAAUUGCAAGAAGAAAAAACCCUCGGUGCCCAACUCUCUCUCUCUCUGGUAUACACAGCCACCAGAGCAGUGAGAGAAAAAGGGUUUUAGUUUUGAAACAGUACAGGGUCUUAAGACUUGAGUUUGGGUUUCGGAUUGAGAUUGAGAUGGAGAGCAGCAGCGCCGUCCUAGCCGGUCUUCAGCCAAAUUACCUUCUUUGCCCCUCCCGCAAUCCUUCUUCUUCCUCCACUUUCCUCCGCCCCUUCUCCGCCCACCAUUCCUCUCAUUCUCCCUCUCUCAAGCUCCAAAAGCAGCUCCCUUUGGCUUGUUACCAAGCCGUUCCUCCCUCCCCUAUUCGCCGAAGUGCCACAUUGUCUGAUACUCUCCGCACUGAAACAAGUGAAUUAGCCGACAUAGAAUGGGAGAAUCUUGGCUUUGGGUUCGUUCCUACCGAUUAUAUGUAUCUCAUGAAAUGUGCUCAAGGCGGAAGCUUUUCAGAUGGUGAAUUGCAGCGUUUUGGGAACAUUGAGUUGAACCCUUCAGCUGGAGUCUUGAAUUAUGGCCAGGGUUUGUUUGAAGGUAUGAAAGCCUACAGGAAACAAGAUGGUAAUAUACUCUUGUUUCGUCCUGAGGAAAAUGCAUCGCGGAUGAGGUUGGGUGCUGAGCGGAUGUGCAUGCCCUCACCGACUGUUGAUCAAUUUGUGGAAGCUGUGAAGGCCACUGUGUUAGCAAAUAAACGUUGGGUUCCCCCUCCAGGCAAAGGUUCUCUAUAUAUCAGGCCAUUGCUAAUGGGAAGUGGUGCCGUUCUUGGUCUCGCGCCUGCCCCUGAAUACACAUUUCUGAUCUAUGUUUCGCCAGUUGGAAACUAUUUUAAGGAAGGUGUUGCACCUAUAAACUUGAUUGUUGAGCAUGAAUUGCAUCGUGCAACUCCUGGUGGUACUGGUGGUGUUAAAACUAUAGGGAAUUAUGCCGCGGUUCUGAAGGCACAGUCAGCUGCAAAAGCAAAAGGCUACUCUGAUGUUCUGUACCUUGACUGUGUUCACAAAAAAUAUCUAGAGGAGGUUUCCUCAUGCAACAUAUUUGUUGUGAAGGGUGAUGUUAUCUCUACCCCAGCAAUAAAAGGCACAAUCUUACCAGGCAUUACUCGAAAGAGUAUUAUUGAUGUUGCUCGUAACCAAGGAUUCCAGGUUGAGGAGCGCGCUGUGGAUGUAGAUGAAUUACUUGAAGCUGAUGAAGUCUUUUGUACGGGAACAGCUGUGGUCGUGUCACCUGUGGGCAGCAUUACUUAUCAGGAUAAAAGGGUGUCGUAUGGAGAGAGUGGCUUUGGUGCUGUGUCACAGAAGCUCUAUUCUGUGCUUACCAGAUUACAGAUGGGUCUUAUAGAGGACAAGAUGGAUUGGACUGUCGAGCUAAACCCAGCAAAAGCAUACUGAAGUGAUAUUUCUAGUUUGCACCUACAUGGGUUGCAAACCACUAUCUGUUUUACUUCACAGUAGUUUUAAAUUGUUUUCGUAAGUUGUAUUCUUAUUCUGUGGUUGUAGAUAGUUCUUGAAUUAGUAUAACUUUUUGUUCAAGUUA